AUGGGGGCAACGAAUAGCUUAGAAAGCUCGGGGGGGAAAUUCGAUCCAAGGCUGGUCAUUGGUCCGACUCAAGUCUGUGGGCUCUUGAGUGCCGUACUGUUCGGUUGCCUGGCUUUCCAGUCCUACGUGUAUUUCACAAGAUUCAAAAGUGAUCACUUCGUCCUCAAAGUAACUGUGAGUCACUUGCUUCAGCUGGGUCACUUCGUCUGCAUAGUAUCAACAUUAUGGACAAUGACUGUCAACAGUUAUUGUGACCCCUCUCAACUCAUGGCGCUUCACGUAGCAGUAGACCUGGCUAUUUCAUUCAGCGGAUUCACGGCAUUCAUUUCGUUUUACGUAUUUCGACUUUGGAAGUUCACGAGAAAUGUUCUAAUACCCACUUUUUGCGGGGUACUCGCUGUGGGUGCACAGAUUUUGACACUUAUCCUCGCAGUAACGGCGACCUCAACGACGGACCUCGUGACUUUUGGAGACCUUCAAUUUUUACUGAUUGCGAUUCUUUUCAUCGUACGUGCAACCUGCGAUAUGGUCACCACCGCUGUCACCGCCUUCAGUUUGAGAAAAGAACGAUGUCAUGGUAUCAAGGAGUAUGACUGUUCAACACUCAUUCCCGCGUCAGCUUACAUUUGUCAUGCUUCAUAG